AUGGACGAAGACGCGUCUCGAUCAUCUCUGACCGACGAAGAAGACUACGUUGAUGACAAUGACAAUGAUAAUGGGGAAGACUAUGAAGCCACUAUCGAAGAGGAGGAGCUAUUGGACGACGAUGGCGACUAUGCAGAUGAAUUGAAAGACCUGGAAGACGAAGGCGAAAUGACGAUCGAGGAACUUCAGCGCAAGUACGGCUACAACCCACCUGGAAACGCUGAAGAGGCUAUUGACGACGGAAACAGCGCUGGAGAUUCUAGCUCGGCAGCCCACGAACACUCUAUUCUCGAUCUUGGAAACUCGCAGAGUGGUUACGAAGAUGAUGAUGAUGAUUAUGCCCCUCCGGAUCCAUGGAAGAGAACUAUUCGCGUAGACCCUGUUCUUUUUCAAGCUGAUGUCCCCGACAUCGGAAAGUCUCAAGCCACCGACGCUCGUGAAGAUGAUGUCGUCCUAUGGGUUAGCGAUAAUACCAAUCCACCGAGCGAUGAAGUUCUGAACAGCUAUCUGAAAGAUAUUGUCGAACUGCGCAAGACUCAUGAUCAAUCUGUUCCUCCGGCCGGUUGUGAGUCUCGUGAUGAUGAAGAUGCGUUAUGUGCCCUGUAUCGGAACAACUUCGACACUGAGAAAGCCAAAGAAUCUUUUCCAUUCCCACACAUCAAUGCUCCAUUCCGGACAGUGCGACCUGAUGCUCUCGGCUUUUCUGAAGAAGAAAGCAAGAUAUUCGAAGAAUCGCUGCAGAUGUAUGGGAAAGACUUUGCGCUUAUUGGUAAAAUGCGGAUGCCAUACCGCAAAGUCGGCGAGCUGAUAGAAUAUUACUAUCAAUGGAAAUUGACUCCAAGUUAUCGCGUCUGGAGAGAAGCUCAUCCACAGCACGUCCCUGUUGUUCAACCACAUCUUUCAGCUGCAUGGCAUCAGCAAGCAGCUGAAAAUGGUCCAAACACUUUUGCCCCCUUCUCCGAGCCAUCCACUUCGGAAGGACCUUCUACUCUAUCAAACUAA